AUGAGCUCAGUGAAGGUAGAUCUGAGCACGAGAAUCUACCCGGAGCCGGAAGAACCCAUGGACCAUUUCGACCCGUUACCCGAUUCGCUGCUCUUGUUGAUUUUCAACAAGAUCGGCGAUGUGAAGGCUCUUGGCCGCUGCUGCGUCGUCUCCAAGCGAUUUCACUCUCUGGUUCCCCAGGUUGAAAACGUUGUCGUUCGGGUUGACUGUGUUAUCUCCGACGACGAUCCUUCCUCUUCUUCUUCGUCGUCCUCGGGUUCUUCCUCCGCCGCCGCCGCCAACAAUCCGGCUGCUUCGUCGUCUUCGGCUUCAGCUGCGGGUGAUAAUUCCCGUUCUUUCUUACGGCUCUUCUUGUCUUCGAUCCUGAAACCGAUUCAGUCCUUGACGCAGUACAUAAACUCUAACAAAAGAUCUAUUUCUUCGCUGAGCCACGGCUGUGGCGGCAACGACGACGAGGAUGCCGACCAUAACAGUGUCACCCACCACUCACCGACUCAGGUGCUUAGGAAUUUCAACGAAAUCAAGUUCCUUCGGAUCGAACUUCCUUCGGGUGAGCUCGGCAUAGACGAUGGAGUUCUGCUCAAAUGGCGGGCCGAUUUCGGUUCCACUUUGGAUAAUUGUGUCAUUCUCGGAGCCUCAUCGAUUACCAACAAAUGUAAGAGUACACCUGCAAGUCAAAGUAAUCAGGACAAUGGUUCUGGUAAUCCAAAUGAAGGCGAUAACGGGAGCAUACCAGAAUCGUUUUACACGAAUGGGGGUUUGAAAUUACGAGUUGUGUGGACGAUAAGCUCUUUGAUUGCUGCAUCAGCGAGACAUUAUUUACUGCAGCCGAUAAUUGCGGAGCACAAGACUCUGGAUAGUUUGAUUUUGACGGAUGUAGAUGGUCAAGGGGUUUUGUGCAUGAACAAGGAGCAAUUGGAGGAGCUCCGAGUGAAGCCUUUGUCGGCAUCCUCUGCAUCGAAGAGAACAUUGGUGCCAGCACUUAAUAUGCGGCUGUGGUAUGCCCCCCACCUGGAUUUGCCUGAUGGGACGGUGUUGAAGGGUGCUACUUUGGUUGCCAUUAGGCCUAGUGAGCAGCCUCAAAAAGAAGUUGGAGCUGAUACGAAUUGGGUGGCUGCCUCAUUUGAAGAACCUUUCGGGACUGCUGCUAGGAUGUUGGUUAAGAGGCGGACGUAUUGCCUGGAGAUGAACUCAUUUUAA